AUGGACGCUGCCGGAUCCCUCGCAGCGAACUAUGCUACGGCCAUCAGGCUCAUCGACGAAGCACACGCGAAAGACCCCAACACAAUCUCGGGCGACGAUGGGCCGAUCCCGUACGAGCUUCACUAUGCCCGGAAAAUGACUCGUUGGCUAGCUUCACGCAAGCCGGAUGCAUCGCCCGCGCUGCAGCUCGCCUGCCGGGCACAGCAUUUCCGCCGCUACCCCAUGACGCGCGCGGGUUACUUGACCUGGCGUGCGAGGCAAAAGGCGCAAGCUGCAGAGCAAGUCGCAGAGCUGCUGUCGUCUUCCCCGGCCAUCCAGCCGUCACUAGCGCAGGACGAGGUCGAGCGGGUCGCGGCGCUGGUGCGGAAGGAGAACCUGAAGGCCGACGAAGAGACCCAGGUACUCGAGGAUGUGGCCUGUCUGGUGUUCCUGGACGACCAGUUUGACGAUUUCGAGAAGAAGAGCGAGAUGGACGAGGAGAAGAUGAUCAACAUCCUCAGGAAGACAUGGGCCAAGAUGAGCGACGACGGAAGGAAGCUGGCGUUGGGCAUGCAGCUGAGCGAGAGGGCAGCGACGCUGAUUCAGAAGGCGUUGGCAGGUGAGAAUUGA